AUGAAACAGGUCGUCAGUGAUGACGCCGAGACCUGGGACCCGAGUCCCGAGUCCCGAGACCCGAGUCCCGAGACCCGAGUCCCGAGACCCGAGUCCCGAGACCCGAGUCCCGAGACCCGAGUCCCGAGACCCGAGUCUCGAGACCCGAGACCCGAGUCCCGAGACCCGAGUCCCGAGACCCAAGUCCCGAGUCCCAAGACCCGCGUCCCGAGACCCGAGACCCGAGACCCGAGUCCCGAGACCCGAGUCCCGAGACCCGAGACCCGAGUCCCGAGACCCGUGAUGAGGCCUCUCUCUCAGACAGAGGCUUCUCGCUCAGACAGAGGCCUCUCUCUCAGACAGAGGCCUCUCUCUCAGACAGAGGCUUCUCUCUCAGACAGAGGCUUCUCGCUCAGACAGAGGCUCUCUCAACGGCUCUCUCAGACAGAGGCCUCUCUCUCAGACAGAGGCUUCUCUCUCAGACAGAGGCCUCUCUCUCAGACAGAGGCCUCUCGCUCAGACAGAGGCCUCUCUCUCAGACAGAGGCUUCUCGCUCAGACAGAGGCUUCUCGCUCAGACAGAGGCCUCUCUCUCAGACAGAGGCCUCUCUCUCAGACAGAGGCUUCUCGCUCAGACAGAGGCUUCUCUCUCAGACAGAGGCCUCUCUCUCAGACAGAGGCUUCUCGCUCAGACAGAGGCCUCUCUCUCAGACAGAGGCCUCUCGCUCAGACAGAGGCCUCUCUCUCAGACAGAGGCUUCUCGCUCAGACAGAGUCGGCUUCUCCUGAGGCACUAA